UCAUGGGGCCGUCGGGGCGGCCCCGAGCCGGGCCGAGCCGAGGAGAUGCAGCGCGGCGCUGCCGCGGCUUUUAUGCGGCUGUGUCCGGCGGCUCCGCGCCCGGGCGGCCGGCACUCCCCCUGCAACGCCCCGCAGCCCGGGAGGCGCGGGCAGGGCCGGGCGUGCCGCCGCCGCCGCGGGCAGGGACAGCGCCCAGCCCCGGCAGCCGCCCCCCCCCCCCCCCCCGUCGUCCCUCUUCCCCCCUUCCCGUGGUCCCCGUCCCCAGCGCCGUCGAGCGCCGCGAUCCCGCCGCCGUCGGGAACGCACAGCUCCGCGGGACCGGCGGGCACCGAGCUGAGCGGGGACGUCUCCGGGGUCUCGGCACGGACAUUUCCAGCGCCUCCCGCCGUACGGCUCAGCGUCUUUGGGGCCGGUUCGGGCGGCGGCCGGCGGGGUGAGUUCUUUCUGCAGGUGAUCAGCAAGUUCAUAAUGGUGCUUAGUGGGCAGGGGACCCUCUCGAUCAGCAUUUCAGAGAAUACUUCACAGAAGAUCCUGAGAAGACUCAGCACCACCUUCCUCCUGGGUCCAUUGCCUUUGCUUGGCACAGCUGAAGAGCAUCUCUGCCUGCCCAAGUAGCCAGCCAGCACCUGCCCUAGGCCAGUGCUGCACAGCACCGUUCCUGCUGUUUAAAGGAUUGUUGGCCACCCCCAGCAGGACAGGCAACACAGGCAAGCCUGUAGCCCAUGGAGGACCCCAUGCCGGAGCAGGUGGAGACACCUGAAGGAGGCUGUGACCCCGUGGGAAGCCCAUGCUGGAGCAGUCUAUUCCUGAAGGUCUGCACCCCAUGGGAGGGACCCACGCUGGAGCAGUUGGUGAAGAACUGCAGCCCAUGGGAAGGACCCAUGCUGGAGCAGUUGGUGGAGGACUGUCUCCCGUGGGAGGGACCCCACGCUGGAGCAGGGGCAGAGUGUGAGGAGUCCUCCCCCUGACGAGGAAGGAGUGGCAGAAACAACAUGUGAGGAACUGACCACAACCCCCAUUCCCUGUCCCCCUGUGCCACUG